GUCACCAUUUCUCAACCCAAUCCAUCGCAAUGUCUGCCAUCACCAACGUCACUGCUGCCGGCGCCUGCCCUCCUGCCGGUCCCUACUCCCAGGCUGUCCGCGCCAACGGCCAGGUCUUCGUCUCCGGCCAGAUCCCCGCCGACGCCUCCGGAAACCUCGUCUCCGGCAACAUCGGCGAUCUGACCCAGGCCUGCUGCAACAACAUCAAGGCCAUCGUCGAGGCCGCCGCCUCCAGCGUCAACAAGAUCGUGAAGGUCAAUGUCUUCCUUACUGAUAUGGCCAACUUCGCUGAGAUGAACGCUACCUACGAGAAGUUCUUCACCCACAAGCCCGCCCGCAGCUGCGUUGCUGUCGCUCAGCUGCCCAAGGGUGUGCCCGUUGAGAUUGAGUGCAUUGCCCUGGAGUAAAGGGUUGUUGUGUUUGAAAUAAACAAAAGAAUUGACUAUAUAUCUGUGAAUCGAAUGAGCAAAUGCAUGUUUAACUGUUUAUUAUCGGUUGGAAGAAAUAGCAGUCGUGAGCGAUGUCGAAG